AAAUUAGCUUACACUCAACGUAAAAACAGUUUUGCAACUUAACCCUGAGAGGGUCACUUGGAAUUUCGACGGUAGUCUUGAAUAAUUGUGCUACUGAUUCUCCUGCAAUGGACCGUGGCGGCAGCGAUCAGUGUCCGAGCGGCCACCGCCUCCGGCCACCUGCGCCCACCAAAUACAGGCCGCCGCACCUCCGGAACCCGCAGUCUAGCAGUUCCGGUGGUGACCCACCGCUUCAUCGGCAGGGUGUGGGGCGGUCUAGCGAGAUCGGCCCUCGUCCUUCUCCUCCCCAGCGAACUUCUCUACUUCCUUUAAAACGGCAGCCCCCCCAGCCCCUGUUGAGCUCACCACAAAACUCCGAGAACAGAAUUUUACCUGUCAGGCGGCCGGAGAGCAGGGGUAUUGUCGGAAGAUCAGUCAACCUACUAGUAAACCAUUUUCUUGUCAAAUUCAACCCAAGGGUCACAGUAUAUCAUUAUAGUUUGGAUAUCAGGCAAUUAGUAUCCCGUGGCAAAAGACCACCAAGAAAGUUGAGAAACAAGGCUGGACUGCGUUUGAUACUAAACAAACUCUUCCUUGAUGAUCAAGCGCGAUUUCCAGUUAAUCGGACUGCCUAUGACGGUGAAAAGAAUCUCUACAGUGCAGUUUCACUGCCCACUGGUCAAUUCAGAGUGGAGCUCUCUGGUGAAGACUUGUCUACUCAGACAUAUGUAGUUUCAAUCAAGAUAAUGAAUGAGCUGAAGCUUUCCAAGCUGGAAGACUAUUUGAGUGGCAAGGUGCCUUACGUGCCUCGUGAUAUAUUGCAAGGGAUGGAUAUGGUGAUGAAGGAGAAUCCUUCGAGGUAUAGGAUCUCCAUCGAUAGACACUUUUACCCUUCCAGUUUCAAGGUCGAAGAUGAUAUUGGGCGUGGUAUUGCAGCAUAUAGAGGCUUCCAAUCAACUUUACGGCCUACUGCCCAGGGCCUUGGGUUGUGCUUGGACUGCUCGGUUAUGGCAUGUCGCAAGCCGUUGCCAGUUGUAGAGUUCCUCAAGGAGCAUAUACCUGAAUUUGAUGGAGCAUUUCUUGAUGUGAACUUGAGACGAAGAGUUGCACAUGCUUUGAAAGGGUUAGCAGUUAGAGUAACUCAUCGUCUUACCAAACAGCUGUUCACUAUAGCUGGGUUGACUGCAAAAAGUACCCGUGAUCUUUGGUUUGAUUUUGUUGACCCGAAAGGAAAGGAUCCGACUGUCAAAGUCAGUCUUGUGCAAUAUUUCAGGGAGAAAUAUGAUAAGGAGAUUGUUUACCAGGAGAUCCCUUGCUUGAUUCUUGGCAGAAAUAAUCGGACAAAUCAUGUUCCAAUGGAAUUCUGUAUCUUGACCGAGGGACAAAGGUACAGAAGAGAGCUUUUGGAUGAAUCCCGACAGGAGAAAAUGGAAGAAAAAUGUUUGGCUCGGCCACCAGAAAGGAGAAAAACAAUCAGUGAGAUGAUGCAAGAUCAUGAUGGACCCUGUGGAGAUGCCACUCGAAAUUUUGGACUUCAAGUUGAGAAGAACAUGACAUCUGUUGAAGGCAGGAUAAUUGGCCCACCCGACUUGAAGCUGGGUGCUGCUGAUGUAGUAAGAGUUGAAAACGAGAAACGCCAGUGGAACCUGGCUGAGAGCUCUGUCGUGGAAGGAAAACGAAUUGAUAGAUGGGCCUUGAUUGAUUUCAGCUCUUCUGAUUUUCCAAAGCUCAGAGCAAAAGAUUUCAUCACCAAUCUGAGAAAUCGAUCCAAGAGUUUAGGAAUCGUUAUGGAAGAGCCUUUACUCUGCCAUUUCACUGGCAUGCGGGACUUCUCUUCAGUGAGCAGACUGGAAGAACUUCUCAGGAGCGUUGUGCAGGAAGGUAGCAAAAAAUGUUGGAACAAAUUACAAAUAGUAAUUUGUGUCAUGGCUGAGAAGCACCAUGGAUAUAAAUACCUUAAAUGGGUGUCUGAGACGCGGAUAGGCGUUGUAACUCAGUGUUGCUUGUCCAACCACGCAAACAGAGGAGAUGACCAGUUUCUUGGAAACCUCUGUCUCAAAAUAAACGCGAAGCUUGGAGGAAGCAACGUGGAGCUCAUUCAGAGACUUCCUCAUUUUGAAGAGGACGAUCAUGUUAUGUUCAUUGGUGCUGAUGUUAAUCAUCCAGUCUCAAAGAAAUCAACGACUCCAUCUAUAGCUGCCGUUGUCUCCACAGUCAACUGGCCUGCUGUGAAUCGCUACGCUGCAAGAGUUUUGCCUCAAGACCACAGAACUGAGAAGAUUCUGGACUUUGGGUCCAUGUGCAGGGAUCUCGUCAACACUUAUUAUCGUCUCAACAAGGUUAAACCUAAGAAAAUCGUGGUUUUUCGUGAUGGAGUGAGUGAGGGACAGUUUGAUAUGGUUCUCAAUGAGGAGCUAUCCGCCUUGAAGAAGGCUGUGUUCGACGAUCAUUACCAGCCAAGAAUCACCCUAGUCGUGGCUCAGAAGAGACACCAGACUCGUCUCUUUCUUGAGAAUCCGGGAGACGGGGGCGCUACCGGGAACGUGCCUCCUGGAACGGUUGUUGAUACAAAGAUCGUUCAUCCGUUCGAGUUUGAUUUCUACCUCUGCAGUCACUACGGGCGAAUCGGGACGAGCAAGGCAGUACGCUACUGUGUGCUGUGGGAUGAAAAUUCCUUCACAUCCGACCAACUGCAGAAGCUUAUAUACAACCUGUGCUUCACGUUUGCGCGCAGCACAAGACCGGUGUCGCUUGUUCCGCCAGUUUACUAUGCUGACCUUGUAGCCUACCGCGGCCGCCUCUUUCAAGAAGCGGCCAAGGAGUUCCAUUCUCAUUCCAUUCCUCCGUCGAAGCCUCACACUUUCGAUCUAAGUUUCUACAAACUCCACCCUGAUCUUCAGAACAUCAUGUUUUUCGUUUGAUGUGUUUGUAGAGUUUGUGUGUGAAUCUAAAUAUAUGUCAUCACACCAACACGAAAAGAGAAGAAGAAUCAUGAGUAAUCCGAGUAUGAUUUUUCGUUA